AUGGAUUAUGACGAAACGGUGAAUCUAGAAGAGCAAUUCUACCAGGUUGGUUUUGAAGAAGGUAGGAGGGAAAACCUUGAACAUAAUUUAAUAGAAGGCAAGCAAUACGGUUUGCAAGUUGGGUUUCAGAGGUUUCUCUUCCUAGGACUUGUCCAGGGUGUUUGCAAUAGUCUUAAAGCACUUAAACUAAGCCCAUCUAUCGAGAAAAAUGUCAACCUUAUGCUGGAACUCAUAGAUGAAAUUCCAAUGGGCAACGAAAACGCCAGUGUUGAGAUAUACGAGAGAAAUAUGGUGAAAUUAAAAAACAAAUUCAGGUUACUGCUGAUGGUGCUUAGCAAACACUGGAAGGACUUGGCUCCAUAUUCUUCCGCCAAAUUAACCUAUGAACAGCUUGAGAAAAUUACAAAAAUUGUGGCAGGCGAGCUGAACAGCUAUGUAGAAGACGACGACGGUACAGACUCGUCAGCUAGAACCCAACCAGACACUUGGUAG